AUUACGCCAUGUUCAAACAAGUGAGAUAGGCAGUCAUGUUCAAAGUAAGGGACACCUUAUGCGCAUUUGAUAAUGUUACCAGAUGGAAUAAAGAAAAGAGCCUGUUUAAUUGUUCUAGUACCAUAAAUGUCUACCACUGUAUUGUUGACGAGAGGAAUAGGUCCGGAGAGAUUUGUAUACAGUCUGUGUGGGUUCAACAAGGUUACUGUCCAGAGUACAACAAUGACGCCAACACAGUAGACACCGUCCCCUGUGACUGGUCAUACGGGUGUCCCAAUGUAGCUUUUCAGUCUAACGACGUCUAUCAAUAUCCGGUUUGUUUAAAUAAAACGUAUUAUGACAAUUGAUCACCAGUUCUACGCAUCUACGGUAUAGUGUGGUAUUGACAACGGAUACAAGAAAAACGCAGCAAUAUCAUGCACUUUU